AUGUUUACUCUAUUGGCAAAUACAGAAGAAUUUAAUCAGCUCAAAAUAUUCUACCAAACCAAUAAUGAUUUUGAUGAAUUAGAAUUAAAAGAAACAGAAAAAAAAAAAUCUCUUAAAAACACAAAAUUUAACAAUAUACAAGAUAAAAAAAUACAAUUUGAUAAUCAAAUUCUUAUGUCUGUACAAAUCGAAAAAUUUCAAAAAAUAUUUGUUCAACAUACAAUUAAGGAAAAUGAAGAACAAGAAAUUAAUAAAGAAUUAAUUGUUUUCUUAGAUCAAUAA